AACGAGUACGCGGCUUAAUCGGAUAAAUCUGCAUUUAUUUGCGAGCGACAGGGAAAUCGGCCACAAAAAGGCCGCUAGUAUCUUAACGUCGGCAUUGCCGUUGACCGACGCGUAUCUUCAGUAUCGUUCCUGCAAUCCACUCGCCGAAAACACACGAUCCCAGGAUGGGGAUGAUGGAAAGCCUCGGGCUUAGCGGCCUCGCUGGUGGCGUCCAGCGAAUGGAUAAGCGACAAUUUUUGUUCCAAAUGUUGAGCUUCGGGAUGAUCGUAUCGUCGGCACUGAUGAUCUGGAAAGGACUGAUGGUUGUUACUGGCAGCGAGUCGCCGAUUGUUGUGGUGCUGAGCGGUAGCAUGGAGCCGGCUUUCCACCGUGGAGAUCUGCUGUUCCUGACGAAUCAAGAGGAGCCGGUGCGCGUCGGUGAAAUUGUUGUGUUUAAAAUCGAAGGCCGCGAUAUUCCAAUUGUACACCGCGUUAUCAAGCUGCACGAGAAGAGUAACGGAACGGUCAAGUUCCUCACGAAAGGCGACAACAACUCGGUGGAUGAUCGGGGCCUGUACGCACCGGGCCAGCUCUGGUUAACGAAAAAGGACAUCGUCGGACGAGCCAGAGGGUUUCUGCCAUAUGUUGGAAUGAUCACAAUCUACAUGAACGAGUAUCCGAAGCUAAAGUUUGGAAUUCUUGGCCUGCUAGCGCUGUACGUACUGUUGCACAGGGAAUAAGGCCACGAUGCGGAAUCUAUGUUUGCGACACAAGGGGCAAACCGAGCGCACAGGCUUCCGGACAAACGCGCUCUUCGAAGCACUAUAUUUUGUAGCAUCGUUCUACCAGCUGAAAGUAUCUGCCCGCGGGAUUCUCUUGAAAAUAAAGUACAGUGUGUUGGCCGGAGCAAAUCCUGAGGUGCACACGAAGCACAAA